AUGAUGUUUGACGCGGAGCGGCGCUAUCAGAAGCGCAACCGGACCAAUAAGCUCCUAUGCCGGAGCUGCCAAAACCCUUUGACCCCCAUGGAUCCUUGGUCCAAACGGAGCCUAAAGCAUUGCAAGCUCCUCGAGGGCAGGAUCGGCGUCUUUUGUGUGUUCCCCAGUGUUCAGUACAGUGAUCUGCCUACAAUCAACUCCAGUCCCGGACUCCUGGGUUCUCAGCCUGGUCCCUCGCCCCCAGGCUCUGCAAAGAUCUUGAGUCGGGAGCAUCUUAGGGAGCAGGACACUGCUGAGCAGAGGAGAAUCCGCGGAAGGGAUCCCCCCGACCCUUCGUUUCCUCCCGCUGGCCGAGUCCCCCGGGGGGUGUGGUGGGACACCAUGCACCCGGCGGGGAAACUAGUCCCGGGAGCCCCGUCUCCACCGGACCUCAACUCCUCCUUCCCGCUGCUGAACGAGUCCUCUUGCUCCGGUUGCUUUAACGGCUCGGCGGGACCCCAGAGCCCCCCAUGGCUGGUGGACGCGUGGCUGGUGCCGCUCUUCUUCGCCGUGCUCAUGGUGGUGGGGCUGGCCGGCAACUCUUUGGUCAUCUACGUGAUCUCCAAGCAGAAGCAGAUGAGGACGGUCACCAACUUCUACAUCGCAAAUCUGGCCACCACUGACAUCAUCUUCUUGGUGUGUUGCGUCCCCUUCACCGCCAUGCUCUACCCCCUGCCCAGCUGGAUCUUCGGGGAAUUCAUGUGCAAGUUUGUCAAUUACAUCCAGCAGGUGUCUGUGCAGGCCACCUGCGCCACCUUGACUGCCAUGAGCGUGGACCGCUGGUAUGUGACUGUGUUCCCUUUGCGUUCCCUGCGCCAGCGCACCCCACGGGUGGCUGCAGCCGUUAGCCUGGGCAUCUGGAUCGGUUCCUUUAUUGUGUCCUCGCCGGUGCCCGUCUACAACCAACUCACUGAAGGCUACUGGUUUGGGCCACAGACCUACUGCAUCGAGUCCUUUCCAUCACCGUUAUACGAGAAAGCUUUCAUCCUCUACAACUUCCUCAUCGUCUACCUGCUGCCCCUGCUCACCAUCUGUAUCUGCUACGCAGCAAUGCUCUACCAGAUGGGUAGGCCCACCGUGGACCCGGUUGAUAACAACUUCCAGGCGCAGCUGCUGGCGGAGCGCUCGGAGGCCAUGCGAACCAAGAUCUCCCGCAUGGUGGCUGUCGUCGUGGCCCUGUUUACACUGUGCUGGGGCCCCAUCCAGCUCUACAUCCUGUUCCAGGCCUUUAGCCCCAGCUUCCAGCGGAACUACUACACCUAUAAGGUGAAGAUCUGGGCCCACUGCAUGUCCUACACCAAUUCCUCCAUCAACCCCAUCGUCUAUGCCUUCUUGGGAGCCAAUUUCCGCAAGGCCUUCAAAAAGGUCUUCCCCUUCAUCUUCAAACAGCGUGUGGGCAGCGUUGGCCCCCCCAAUGCCCGCCUCAACACCGAGAUGCAUUUUGUGCCCUCGGGGCUCCCGAGGGGCUCCUUGCGUCUCCAAUCUGUCGGAGUCGUCCCCACCGCCCCACCCCAGGAAGAGGAUGGGAGCGGGAGAGAAACAAGGCAGCCUCCCUCCUCUCCCAGCUCCCUGGGCCCGAGAGGUCACUGGCAGCCGGACUAUGGGGCUGGGCUGCGGAUGGACAGUGGCAGCGUAGAGCCAACCAAGCCAUUUCAGUGA